ACCAAGAAGAAUGGAUGCUUUAACAAGAAGGUGUCAAUGUCUCAUUUUAACCUGACUUCCUCUGGAUACAGAACGAACCUCCAGGCCACAGCCUCACUAACGGAGGAAGGGACAGGGGUAGAGCGCAAUGUGACCAAGAGCUGUGAGAUCGUGCCUGACAUUGCCUCGGUGACCUUUGAGGAUGCUGACACUUCGUACAAGCCUGGAAUCCCCUUUGUUGGCAAGAUGCUCCUGAAGGUGACAGACAGCUCUUCAGUGAAGAAUGAGAAGCUUCAUCUCUUUGUUACCCAUGGGGGAGGGACAGAGAACAAGACAUUUGUGACAGAUGAAUCUGGGAGAGCCUCCUUUGAGCUGGACUCCUCCAGCUGGACUGGGACAGUUACUCUAAGGGGUCAGUUCAAAGAGGUGGAUCACAGUUAUGUGCAUGGAAGAGUCUCUCCCCAAUACAGAGAUGCCUACCAUUCCCUGGAGCCCUUCUACUCAGAGAGCAAGAGUUUCCUGAAGAUCCACGCACAGGGAGAGGUGCUUCCCUGUGAUCAGACCCAACAGCUUCAAGUGGAGUACAUCAUUGCCAGGAAGGCCCUGGGGGCUGAGACCAAGAGCCUGGAUUUCUACUUCCUGGUUGUGGCCAAGGGAGCCAUCAUAAGGAGCCUGUGGAAAGGACUAGACUUUGGAGAGGGGGCUGAGCUGAAGGGCUCCUUCUCCAUUGAGCUGCCUGUUGGGGCUGAGCUGGCACCCUCUGCCAAGGUGCUGGGUUAUACAGUGCUGCCCAGUGGAGGGAUGGCUGCGGUUAACCCCAAGAAUCGUCCAGUACGUCCACUUCCUCCUCCUGAAAGUGACGUGUCUGAACCUAUGAUAGUACUGCCACCGUCACAGCCAUGGCCACCGCGAAGGCGACCACCACCAUUUGGGUAUCAGCUUCCUUCUCUCCAGACCCAUUCUGACACCUACAGCUUGUUUCAGAAUGCAGCUUUGAAAGUUUGCACGAACGCCAACAUCAGGAUGCCCUGCUUGACUGAAGAACGUAUGCCUAUCUAUUACUCCCGCACAGACCUGACAGGUGCCCGAUACGGUGAAGGGUUGACCCCAGAUAUGCUGCCUCUAGGGGUGGCAGGAAUAGCUCCUGGGCCUUCCCUGGACAAUGCCAUGCCAGAUCCCAUCCAUGCAUCAUCCAACAUCCAUGAAGAGCCAGAACUGCGGGCGUACUUCCCAGAGACAUGGCUGUGGGAUCUGGUCCCUGUGGGCGAGGAGGGCUCCAACAAUGUCCCAGUCACCGUCCCUGACAGCAUCACAGAGUGGAAGGCCGGGAUGUUCUGCACGGCAGAUGUUGGCUUUGGACUUUCCUCCACGGCCACCUUGACAGCUUUCAAGCCGUUCUUUGUGGAGCUGGCCUUGCCAUGUUCUGUGAUCCGUGGAGAGGCCUUCACCCUAAAGGCCACUGUCUUCAACUACCUGCUGCAAUGCAUCAAGGUGCAGGUGACACUGGUGGAGUCUACGCAGUUCCAGGCACAGGCUGGCGAGGAGAGCGCUUACACCAGCUGCCUCUGUGCAGAAGAGGGGAAAACCUUCCAGUGGGAGGUGACAGCCACCAGCCUUGGGGAAGUGAACUUCACUGUCAGCACCGAGGCCCUGCACACCCAGGAGCUGUGUGGCAAUGAGGUGGUUAUAGCACCUGCCCAGGGGAGAGUGGACACUGUGAUAAAGCCCCUGCAUGUCCAGCCGGGCGGGAUCCUGGAGGAGAAGGCGCACAGCUCCCUGCUCUGCCAGGAAGAGGCCAGAAAGGGCCAACUACCUGAAGGGAAGUUCGAAGUACAAUGGAGCUAG